AUCACUCGUUGGUAAUUUCACCCUGUAGAUCAGAUGAAGCUAAUACGCAGGCUUAUGUUGAAAAUAACCCCUGUAGUAUUUUACACAUCUGCUCCUGCACAGUCUGAACAAAGAAAUGUAAAAAAAGAGGGCCGAACUCCAUUUCCCAGCAUGCGUCGGUGCAGGGCAUGCUUGUGACGUCACGCCUAUAUAUACACGGCUCCAGGAAAGAAUUUCUUCCUCCAUUGUUACAUUGUAACAAACGGGGCCGGGGCUGAAACGGGGGAGGAAACGUCUUCUCGUUAAGAUUAUCCCGCAACAAAACUGACACCAAACGAAACAACAACCAAGCCGCGUUUUUUUAAUAGCGAGAAGACGUCGAAGUGAGCCCAGCCGAGCCAGAAAACCCGCCCCGGUUGAGAGGAAUGCAACAUUUCUGUAAAAACCCGUCCGGGUGUCAAGCAGCGCUGGUUUUACUCGUGAUCUUUCAUUGUGCAGAACAAUGACUUUUCUUUUGGCAGAGAAGUAGUCUAAAAUACAGCUAGAUUUAAACCCCCUUGCAUAGUGACAAGUGACAUAGUUUAAAGCACUGAAGCAGCUCGAUCUGUGGCUGUUAGUCCUCGGUUUUUAAGCUUCUCCUGGGGGUUUUAAAGGUGGAUGCUGAGUCCUUGCUGGGAAGGAGGAAGACCCCCGAGCUGCCGGAUUGAAGGGUCCCUGUUUCUGCCCCAGACACCAAGUUUCCAUGGAGGCAGGUGCGUCUCUAAGCCUCAAACGAAGAUAUGAAGAGGUGGACAACAGCUCUCCAUUCUCUACACCCAAGGACUCAGACGAUGACAUCUCCAGCAGCGACAGUGCAGACAGCUGCGACAGCCUCAACCCCCCUUCCAGCACCACGUUCACCCCCACCUCCAUCCUAAGGCAGCACAAGCCGUCGCCGCGGGGGAAACGCGUGCGCUUCGACCUGGUCACGGUGUACUACUUCCCCCGGCGGCAGGGCUUCACCAGCGUGCCCAGCCAGGGGGGCAGCUCGCUGGGCAUGGCCCGCCACCACUCCUCCAUCCGGCACUACACGCUGGGAGAGUUCGCCCGCGAGCAGGAGACCAGCCACAGGCACACCCUGCGCCAGCACCUGCGCCAGGAGAAGCUCAACGCCCGCAAGAUGAAGUUGACGAGGAACGGCACGGUGGAGUGUGCCCAGGCCGACCUGCUCACGCUGGAGGACGUUUCGGACGAGGACCUCGACGUGGACGCUGUGGAGGUGGACGACUGUUUCUUCCUCCAGCCGCUGCCCACGAAGCGCCGCCGAGCCCUCCUGCGAGCCUCCGGCAUCGCUCGCAUCGAUGCCCGGGAGAAGGCCGAGCUCCGAACCAUCCGCCUCUCGCGGGAGGAGUGCGGCUGCGACUGCCGUCUGUACUGUGACCCUCGCCACUGCGGCUGCAGCCAGGCCGGCAUUAAGUGCCAGGUGGAUCGGAUGUCGUUCCCCUGUGGCUGCUCGAGGGACGGCUGCGGGAACGGAGCGGGCCGUAUCGAGUUCAACCCCCUGCGCGUCAGGACUCACUACCUCCACACCAUCAUGAAGCUGGACCUGGAGAAGAGGAGGAUGCUCAUACAGGGCACUGGGGACCCGUACGCUGAGUCUGAGCCGCUGUCCUCCCCCUCCUCCACCUGCCCCACGUCCCCCACCCUCUCCUCGGGCACCGGCCUGGACUCCGAGCUGGAGGAGAGCGAGGUGCAGACGGUGGAGGAGGUGCAGGACUUCCUGGCAGAGCAGGACAUACUGGAGAGGGAGAACGAGACGGCGGUGCUGCACCUGCAGAGUGCAGUAGAACAGGAGAGAAGGGAGCGGGAGGAGGCAGAAGGGGAGGCGGUGCAGCAGGAGCUGAGCGCUGCCGGUCUCACCCAGCAGCCUCUCUGCCUCCUACCCAGUGCCUUGAGAGGGGGGUUGACUGAGCAGGCAGACGUGCCGGUUGUGGAUCAGGUCCUCCUUCAGGGGCCCUUCCCCACGGGGGCCACGGUCUUGUGCAUCUCUGACAACCAGGAGGAGAGCCCCUCCGAGCUCCUCAAAGACUCCACGUCUCUGCUCUACUAUCAGCUUAGCCCCAUCGAGCCCGGGGCCUUCGAGGCGCUACCCAGGGCGGAGGAAGACGAGCCAGAGGAGCACUCGGUCAAACAACGCGACGCGGGGGAAACUAAAAUUAUAGAGAGAAAAAAGGAAGAAGCAGAGGAGGUGAAGAAUGAUAAGCAUGAAGGCAACCCCAGUGCGGGCGAGUGUUUGACCAGUGGGAUUCUGCAGCAGCAGCAGGAAUGUGCAGCAGUCGUGCAGGAGAGGUCCGCCAGCAUCCCAGAAGAUAAGAACCAAGAGAAGUCCUGCUUGGAGAAAGAUCCACUGCCUCCAGAAGUUUAACUUUAGUGUCUCUGCAGAUAUUUUGCACAAUAGCUUCAUCUAAGAUGAAAAAAUUACAUAUUUCACAUACUACUUUCAUCAAGAAUGAAUACAGGUUGCAAUCUCCUAAUGACUGUCUUUAAAUGAUGUGCAGAUUGAGCUUGAGUAUUACAAAACACGAGAGAGAAGAGAUGCUGAAAGCACAUGCAGAAGUAAUAUGAAUGCAGCGAGGAAAGAUUUAAGUAAUUGCGUUACGAGUGACGACUGCGGCCUUAUUGGAAAAACAUAACAACACUUGUAUGUUGGAGUCGGUUUGGAGGGCGGCAAGUAGUGCAUUGUUAAUUUCCAACGCGGCAAACUCAAUGUGCAUAUGCUAACAUAAGCCUUUUGUUUGGUGAUGUAUCAAGGUAUUAACACUAAACACACAUAGUUUUGCAGAACGCAAGAUGCUGGUGUAUUUAGAUACUUGCUGGCUUAUUUUCUAUUACAGCAAACACGUGCUGUUGUCAAGCCAAAAUCAAGGCCUCUGAUAAUAUCCUCUGCUAAAUAUAGACCUAAUAAUCCUGGAAAUACUUGUUUUUGUGUACUGUAUAUGCAUUUGCAGUGUGCAAGAGAGCUGCUUUUCUGACCUGUAUGCACAUUGUGAACUGAGGGCAGCAGGCGUCGUGGCUCCGCUGCACUGAGACGUGAAAGCAAAACUAACACCGAGCAGAAAAUUAGCACCGGCCUUAGCUGUUGCUCUCGCUCACCUCCGACUGCUACUAUAAGCGCAGUCCUUUUCUCAAAGAAGAAAAAAAUAAUAUCAAAGUUUGCUUAGAGUUGCCAUGCUGAUGACAUUAUUUUCUUUGACUAAUGUGUCUUUUUGUGAAUUAGAUGCUGUUGGUUUAAACAUUUCAGUCUUUGCAGUCUGUGCUUCUGGUAUGAAAUUAAAUAAUAGUUCAUACCGCUCAUGUUGCUUGGUGUGAGGAAGAACCCAUUCUGAAGCAACCCAAUUUUCAUAUGAAAAAAAAAACAAACAUAUAGCAUUAAAAUAUUUAAAAGAAUAGUGCAACAUGUUUUGUUGGCAAUAUUAACUCCAGACAAAAUAAUGAGAUGUUGGGAAUUUAUGGAUCAGAUUUACAGCAACCUGAUUUUGUUUGUCUUAUUUUCUGUGUAUGUGUGUGUGUGUGCGUGUAAGGUGGGCUUUUAUGUGUGUGUGUGUACUUAUUUUACAUUUGUUCGUCUGCAUUGGAGAGAAAGGUGUGCAUGCACAUGCAUUUGUACUGUAUUAGACGGGGUGCGUGGGGGGAAUGUUACUGAGGAGUCAUUUUUAAACCUGGAAGGUGCUGUUGAUUUAAAAUUUACAGGUUUAUUUCCCUCCCAUUGUGAGACAUCAUUUCGUAGAGAUGUAUCUCAGCUGAUCUCAGAAGUAAAAGUACUAGAGAGUGUGUGAGAGAGAGAGUGAAAACGCAAUAGCAACCACACUCCAAAUAUUAAAUGUGCAGAUUGUGGAAUGAGGUGUGUUGUGAUUGACUAUGUAAACACAAUCGUAUACUAUUUCUGGUCUCUAAAUGUCUUUUAAAAGCUACGUGUGAAUAAUACUGAUCUCCAUAAGUGAGCCGACACUUCCUACACAAAAUCAGUCCUUUGUUUUGUUGCCUAAAACUCUCUGCUGUUGCGUUUACCAACAGCUCGCCUAACACGGGAUGUGCUGCUGUGUAUGAGUUGUCUGAUAUAUUUCUUUGCCUUUUUUUAUUGUCUUAAUAUAAUCCUGCUUAAGAGUUACAGCAAAGCGGGGGUUUCAAAUCUAUUUAAAUGAUGCUUUCAUCCGUCACAUUUUAAAAAAGCAGUCUCCAGUAGUUAUUGUCGAGGCAGCAGAUUUAUUACGGCUCUUUGUGUUUUGCGUGACUUGCCCUGAUAUAGUACCACCUUUGAAGUGAUGAUGAUUACAAGCUGCCUGUUGUUGAGCUUCUGUUCUUGGCUUUCUACUAAUAGAUUUAGGUUUGGGACCACUGCACCACAUUAACUCUAGUACUCUCUGUGAUCGUGUGUUUCUCUGUGUGAAAGGCGUGUACGAUUGUUGAGAAGACUGACCAGUUUCGACUUCAUUUAAAAGCUGUGAGAACCACUCUCAUGCUAACUGUUGCCUCAAGUGGCCAAAAAGGUUUUUAUACUAAAAUUUAAAAAAAAUAAAGUACUC